AGACAAAAAAUCCCGCCCGUCUUUGUCCGGCUCUUGAGUAAUUCUAUUUGGCUGUAUUCACGGUUUCAUCGUCCUGGCUUCUACCACGCCAAUCAAAUUGAAAUCUAACCUCAAAGUUUCGAAUAAGAGGAACAAUGUGUUUGCUUCAAACGUAUUGCUAUCGAGAGAUUUUUUUCACUGUUAACUGUCACUUUUAUGAUGGAUAUAAAUACUGUGGAAGAUGAGGAUGUAUCUUUUCAUUUGGGAGAAAUGUUUGAUAGUUACGAAGAAUUAGAACAUAAACUGGAGAAGUUCUCAAAGCGUAGUCUGGUCCACUACUGGAGAAGAGAUAGCAGAACAGUUAGUGGAGCUCAUAUGAAAACUGCACGUCCAAUAAGCGAGCGUUUAAAAUAUUAUUCUGUCAAAUAUGCAUGUAUUUAUGGCGGUCAGAAGUUUUUACCACGUGGAGCUGGCAGAAGACAGUCUCAAUCGAUAAGAACAAAUUGCCCCGCUCAUAUUAUGUUAAGAGCAUCAAAAGAUGGUACAAAGCUAGAGGUAACUAGUGUCAAUAAUGAACAUAAUCAUGAAAUCUCAGAGGAAUUGUUUAAGAAUCUUCCACAAGAAAGGAAAUUAUGUGGCGAAAUUAAGCAGGAAGUACAAGAUCUCAUGCAGUUACACAUUGAUCGCAAAAGAUUAAAAGAAUAUGUACGACUACGAACGAACAAGAUACUUCGCUCCAAAGAUUUAUUUAAUAUAGCAGCUGCUAAUAAACAAAAGAGGAAUAUAACACCUGAGAGAGCAUAUCAACUGUUUAAAAAAAUCCAUGAUAUAGAGAAGAUGCAAGGGAGAAACAAUGAUGGGAAAGUGUAUUCUGAAUCUGAAGAUGAAAUUGCACAAACGAUAAAAAGGAUAAAAAAGGAACAAGAAUCUCCUUGGGGGCAGGAUGGAUUACCAACAGAAUUGGAAGUAAGCGAAGGAAAUGAUGGUGAUGAUUCCUACAGUGGUCAAUUAACUCAAGAAGAAGUAGUGGAUGAAAUUGAUACAACAGAAGGUGAACUAUUAAGAACAAAUAAUGACGGGGAUAUUAUAGCAGCAAAUGGUGAAAUUGUAGGAGAGUUAGUGAUGCAAGAUGGAGAUCCAUCUGUAAUUGUUGAGUCUAUCGUGAACGCUGAUGGUUCUGUUUUCGUAGAUGAGAGAGAAUUUAAUACCUAUUGUAACAAUCAUUUGUCACAUAAUGUAGAUGGUAAUCAGUCUCCUAGUACCAGAGUUUUAGAUAUUGAAACCAUCCAGCCCACUACUGACAUGGAAAAAAUAAAGGGAACAUCUACCUCACCUAAACAACAAACUAGAUCUCUUACACCUCAAUCACAUCAAACUGCAAAAUCGUCACCAAAUACUUUUAAUGAAUCUACAGACUCUAGGAUUUGGAUCAUGAAAGAGGCUACAAAUGCUGAAGCAGAGCCUGAUAGUGGGCCUGAAAGCGAAAUAAAUGGUUCAAAAUCGACAACGACUGUAAAAGCAGAUGUCGAUACAUCGGAGGUAAUAUUAUCAGACGAAGCCAGUCAUCAGUUACUUCAGGAGCAACUGGCAGUACUUCGUGCAGAGAAAGGGAAACUGUAUCACGAAACUGAAAUGCUAAAACUUAAAAAGGACAAAUUAAAGUUACAGAUGAAUUGUUAUUCAAACGAGAUACGAAAACAAGAAAUGGAAAAAGAAAAGUUGAGACUUGAGAUUAAAUUGCUACAGUCAAAAGUUAUGGAAGAUUCUAAUGAUGUUUCUCAUUAUAUUUUUGUGCCUUGAACAAUGUUUUGUGGUCGAAGGAAUAUGAUUACAGAAAUAACAUGCAGAUAAAUUGGUAGGAUCUUUUUUUUGUUAAGAAAAAUUGCACGAAAAUCGUUUUUGAAACAAAUUGAAUCUUUUCACAAGUGUAAUGAUAAAAUUAUUGAAAGAAACGUUGCUAAUUUAUUUAAUUUUAUUUAACAAUUAAUUUGUUAAUUACAAUAAUAAUUUAAUUUCUUGAUAAAUGUACUUGAAAUUGAAGUAAUACGAUAAUAUUUAAUAUCUCGUCAUUUAAUGUCGAUAUCAUUUAUAUUGCAUCUAAUAUGUGUAUGUUUUUCUAUAUUAACAUUUAAAAGAGACAUUAAAAGCGACAAGUUAUUGGAAGUAUUCUUUAUGCCAAUAAUGUGGUUAAUAUAGGACAAAUGUAUAGGUAGUGUAAUAAAUUAUUUUGCAAAUAAAA